CUUCAUUAGAGAGAGCUCGGGCUGGUCGACACACUCGAGCCACUCGGUCCUCGCAGCAGAAACAGAGAGGCUGUGGAGAUUUCCUUUGAAGUGCAGGCCCCUGCUUGUAAGAACUCCAUCCCACAAAGCAUUCCGCAUGGAAAUUUGAUUAGCUCUCACUUUUUCUGACCCUACACCAGUCUGAGAGCUUGUUUUCGGAUGACAUUUGGGGCUGAAGCUUGAUCCCAUAUAAAUAUCAGAGGCAUCAGUGAGCAGAGGGACACUCAGUAUCUGGCAGCUGAGGAGCAGAUUCGGAUUAAAGCCAUGGAUGUACCCCGACCUUUUCUUCUCCUCCUGUGUGCCCUCCACCUGACCUUGACCGGAGUGUUUAGUAAACACAUAGAUCACAGAAACCUGAUCACACAGAGGCUGUGCUGCAAGAGACAGAGCCACUUUGUCUACAUUGGAGAAGACAUCUCUGGGAGUCCUGUCAGUGUGGAUGUGGGGGUGUGCAGGUCGCACUGUGGGGGGGCACCCAGGCCCUCACAUGAAGCAGGGCAGCAGGAAUACUCCAGACAUUCCUCAAUGCUGGAAUUUCUUAGGAGUAAAAAAACGAGGGCGCGCGGACCCUCAGCUCCAGAGAGCCCCGGGCCGCAGGGCCGGAUGCCCUCCUGCGGGAUGAACCAGGUGUGUGAGCCGACCGGGGUGCGCGUGGACCGGCUGCUGCUGCUGGAGGGACCCCGCGAGGUGGAGAUCAUCCAGGAGUGCCAGUGCGAGAUCAAUCUGACCCAGUGCCUCCGCGUGCCCGCGCUCAGGACUUACUACAGCGAGACACCGUAUGAGGCUGUCCUGGACGUGGGAGGCUGCUCCCGGUCCAAGGGUUCACCAGAGGGAUUCUCCUGUGUUCCCACUAAGUUUGACUCAGAGUCGGUGGAAACCCCAAACAAAGUGGAGCUGAUCCAGACAGUGGUGUCCUGUGAGCUGAAAGAAAGCUGCUAUAGGGUCCCAUACAUGGAGUAUCACUAUGAAGUAGUCCACAACGAUGGAGUCAAAGAGGAGAGACUUAAAGAAAUAGACGUUGGCAGAUGUUUGGGAGGCUGCACUACAGGAACCCGAUGCCUUCUUAGAAAUCAAUCUGAUCCAGCAGUUUGCCACUUGUGGGCUGAAAAACAGUCCAGCUCCUGUGUUCCUGAGGGCUAUGAGACCCACAGCUUCCUCGACCAGCAUGGACAGAUACGCACUAUCCUCUCCAUCACAUCCUGCCUUUGUCAAAACUGACCACAGCGCCCCCUACUGGAAACCACUUCAAAUCCCUUCUCAGGAGUUGUCAACAGUCCAUUGUCGACCCCACCAAAAACUCUGACAUCCGUUUAAGAAUGAGCUCUCCUAAAGUAUUUUUGUAUUAUAUGUAAUAUAUGUUUAAAUGAUAAUUUUGUAAAUAAAUUUAAUACAAUAA